GCUGGCCGGCGGGCCAUUCGCUGAACUGUCCAGAUGUAGCGCCUUUGACUUGCUGACAUCACCGCCUCAUUAGCAUGCAGGAGAGGCGAGCACUGCAACAGCGAAGCCUCCCAGCCCGGCGAGCCAGCGAAUGCGCCGCGAUGGGGCUGCGCGGAGCAAACUGAAGCUCUCUCCGGCUCCGAGAGGGAGGCGGGACUGCGGAUUGGGUGCAGGCUCCGCUGUCUCCCAGGGUCACUCAGUAAACCCGGAGUUGGGGCUCCGCUGGAGUCACUUGGCCGGCUGCAAGGGAGGAGAUGGACUGACAGGGUGAAAGGAAGGGAAGGAAGGAAGGUGGGAGGAAGAGAAGGGGAGAGAAAGGGAGAGAAUCCCUUGGCCAAGCUGGAAUUCCGAGGAAGGCAACGUUAAGCUCUCCCAAGCCUAUGCAAACGCACAGCAGAUUUUUUUCUUGCAAGCCACCCUAUGUUUUUAUGUGCGUGCGUGUCUCCUGGAAGGAUUUGACCAGAGAGAGAGAAGUCUGCUUGCUGCUGCUCACUUCAAGAAAUCCUCCCACCACUAGCCUAUCAACAGUGCUAUUGGGUUUUUCUCCCCUCACUACGCUUUGCAAAAGCAGAAAACAAGAUACUUCACCAUGUUGCAGUGUUCCCUGGGCUUUUGCAAGCAAACGUGCACCAAAGGAAAGUAAACUAAAAGCAAGACCCCGCCCCAGCGGUGGGGGGGGGGGGUUGGAGGGGCUUGGUGGAUUUAAAAUUCAAAAUCAAAAAAACCAAACUUGCCGAAAUCUGGACUCGGAGGCGGCCGGAGCAGGAAGAUUUGCCGGCACUGCAAGUGUCCCCAGGCAGAGCACUUUGAAACAGUGAUGCCUUUGGAAAUGGAGAAGACCGUGACCAAGCUGAUGUUUGACUUCCAGCGGAAUUCGACUUCGGAUGAUGACUCAGGUUGUGCCUUGGAAGAAUAUGCUUGGGUUCCUCCAGGGCUGAAGCCGGAACAGGUUCAUCAGUACUACAGCUGCCUCCCAGAAGACAAAGUGCCCUACGUGAACAGCCCAGGGGAGAAAGCCCGUAUCAAACAGCUCCUUCACCAGCUGCCGCCACACGACAAUGAGGUACGAUAUUGCAACUCACUGGAUGAAGAAGAGAAGAGAGAACUCAAACUCUUCAGCAAUCAGAGGAAAAGGGAGAACCUGGGCAGAGGCAAUGUCCGACCCUUUCCAGUCACCAUGACUGGCGCCAUUUGUGAGCAGUGUGGAGGCCAAAUCAAUGGAGGAGACAUAGCCGUCUUUGCAUCGAGGGCAGGUCAUGGAGUUUGCUGGCACCCGCCAUGCUUUAUAUGCAGCGUCUGCAACGAGCUGCUGGUAGAUCUCAUCUAUUUCUAUCAAGAUGGGAAGAUUUAUUGUGGCCGGCACCACGCGGAAUGCCUCAAACCUCGGUGUGCAGCGUGUGAUGAGAUUAUCUUUGCUGACGAGUGCACGGAGGCUGAGGGAAGGCACUGGCACAUGAAGCACUUUUGCUGUUUUGAAUGUGAAACGGUGCUGGGCGGGCAGCGGUACAUCAUGAAGGAAGGACGGCCAUAUUGCUGCAACUGUUUCGAAUCCUUAUACGCCGAGUAUUGCGAUACCUGCGCCCAGCACAUUGGCAUUGAUCAGGGUCAGAUGACGUAUGACGGCCAGCACUGGCAUGCCACGGAGACCUGCUUUUGCUGUGCACAGUGCAAGAAGUCUCUGCUUGGACGACCGUUCCUGCCGAAGCAAGGGCAGAUUUUCUGCUCCAGGGCGUGCAGCAUGGGUGACGACCCCAACGGCUCGGAUUCAUCAGACUCCGCCUUCCAGAGCGCCAGAGCCAAAGAGUCGCGGCGUAGCGCCAAGAUCGGCAAGAACAGGAACAAGGGAGAAGAGGGCGCCCCCAGCCAGGGCAGCAGCCAGCUGCAGGUGACCUCCAGCAGGCUGUCUACGGAUGUGGACCCCCUCUCCUUGCAGAUGGACUUGCUGAGCUUGUCCAGCCAAACGCCCAGCCUCAACAGGGACCACAUCUGGAGGAGCAGAGACGAAGCCUACCACUAUGGGAAUAAAAUGGAGCAAAGUCAGUCGCAAAGCCCUCUGCAGCUCCUCAGCCAGUGUAACAUCAGGACUUCCUACAACCCAGGGCAGAGCCCAAGCAGCCAGCAGGAGCUGUGGGGCAAACAUUUCAGCAACCCAAAGAGGAGCUCCUCCCUGGCCAUGAAGGGACACGGCGGCAGCUUCAUCCAAGAAUGCCGGGAAGAUUAUUACUCAGGAAGGCUACGCUCGCAGGAGAGUUACAGUGACAUGUCCAACCAGAGCUUCGGUGACACCAGGGGGAGUUACAAGGUCUCCAAGUACAACCAGGAGGAAGACAGCAGUCGAUCUGCACAGCAGUGCCGGACCAGGCAUCCCAUCAACGCACUGAAGUUCACCAAGGAACUGGCGCCCACAGAACAAACGCCACGGGGUUCGAUGGAGUCCCUCGCUCUUUCCAAUGCCACAGGACUCUCUGCGGAUGGUGGGGCCAAGCGGCAAGAGCAUCUCUCUCGAUUUUCCAUGCCUGAUCUAAGCAAAGAUUCUGGAAUGAAUGUCUCAGAGAAGCUGAGCAACAUGGGGACCCUGAAUUCCUCCGUCCAGUUCAGGAGUGCCGAGUCUGUCCGGAGCCUACUUUCCGUUCAACAGUACCAAGAUAUGGAAGCCAACCUGCACGACCUCACUAACCCCAUUGGGUACAGGGACACACCGUCCCGUGGAAGGAUGCACCAGAGCUUUGACUAUGACGGUGGGAUGCCAGGGAACAAAUUGGCUGGGCAGGAAGGUGCCCGGCAUCCCCCCAUGAGCGAGCGCACCCCAAGACGAACUAAUCUCCGAGAUGACGACCGGCGGUAUCGCCCCCACAGGCCCCGGCGGUCCAGGCGCUCCCGCUCAGACAACGCCCUUCACCUCGCCAGCGAGCAGAGCUACAAGUUGAAAGAAAGGCCCUCUCUGCGAGCCAGGGAAGACUACGAUCAGUUCUUGCAGCAGAGAAGUUGCCGAGAGACGGCAGAGCAGGGCGCACGGAGAAAUCUGUAUGGCCAGUGUCCAAGGACCGUAUCGGACCUUGCUUUGCAGAACCACUUUAGCGAAAGGUGGGGACCCUACUUUGCUGAAUACGACUGGUGCUCGACGUGCUCCUCCUCCUCCGAAUCUGACAACGAAGGCUACUUCCUCGGGGAACCGAUCCCGCAACCCAGCCGCCUCCAGUACGUCACCGGCGAAGAGCUCCUUCACAAAUACGGCUCCUACAGCAUGCCGAAGUCUUCCACGCUAGGUGGUCGAGGACAGUUGCACAGCCGGAAAAGGCAAAAGAGCAAAAACUGCAUCAUAGCAUAACCACGUUGCCCAAGCACAGUGUUGGAGAAUGUAACUACUUCAUCAACUUGCACUGUUGUAGGUCUUAAAAGUGCUUUUCAUUGUAACGGAAAUACCUGGCGAGCUGGGAGCUGUAAGAAGGAGGUCACAGACAAGGGUCUAUAAAUAGUCAUAAUCGUUGGCAUGGUGAAUAUGUUUUGCACAUUUUAUUUUGGGGAUGGAGGGAGGGAUAGAAUUUAUUUUAGCAUGUAAUCGUCACAAAUUUACCUCCUUCCCACAAGUAGCUGCCACCCACUUAAUACACAGUUCACCCUCAUCUUUUAAGUUGCCAUUGUUUUCUAUAACCAGCAGUUAGCUUCUAGUUAAUUUUCUCUCUCUUGAUUUUUCAUUUUCAUCACCUGCUUUUGGUCAUUAUUCUGCCAGAUUGUGUAAGUUAUUUCCAUUAUUGUUCUGUAAAUGCAAAGAAAAUGAGAGUUUGGAGAAAAAUAUUUUUGUAUUUUGUAAUAUCAGAGGAAUUUCUGUAUCUUAGGAGUCCCUGGGAAACUCAUGCUUAUCCAUCAUGCUUUUCAGCUAGAGCUAAACGAACAGAGCUUCAGAACCCUUUCUCUUUUGCCAUCAGAUUUUUUUUUCUGGAUCAGCAAGGCUUUCCUUUCUGCAGCUGCUCUAAAAGCAAAAGAGCCUCUUAUAAAUUCAUUAGCUCUCGCGGAGGCCUACAGGGUUGCUUUUAAAUAAUAAUAAUAAUAAUAAUAAUCUACUAACACUUGCAUUUUAUGUUAUUCUGUAAAACAAAUACAGGCGUCUGUUACCGAAACGAAAUAAAAAAAUACGUUGCUGUUUUUCCAACGACAUUUAAGCAAAACCCGUAACCACCAAAUGUUUGGAAAAAGAACCCAGGUCUAAGAAGGAAGUUUACAUCUAUUUGGAGAGGGCUGGAGUCGCUAAAAAAGAAAUAAUUCAGCUACUUUUGGGAGGAUAGACCAAAACAGUUGUAAAUGGUUCAGUUGUGUGGUGUCAGCAUGAACUUGUUUUGAGUAUAGAAUUGUUUUCUGGUGCUCUAGUUUCCUGGCAUUUGUUAACUGCUGUUCAUUACCAAGAGGUAUCUUCAACACUGCCUUCUUCUGAAAUUCAUAAUGAAACGAAUACAUCCUAAUCAUGUCAGACUUAAAGCCUACCCUUGGGAGAUAAACACUUCAAACCCAUUACGAAGGCAGUUUGAAGGGCCUAUCCUCAGGGUAGAAUGGAGUCCAUUCUUUGGAAGUAGAACAAAGCAACAACAGCUUCAACAUGGUAGUAAUAUACAUAGGGCUCAAAGUGUAUUGUGUGCUAUGGUGGAUGUGAUUUUUUUCUCUGUAUGCUUUAAACAAUUGGGAGAUUGACACCCAGAUGUGUUCUAUAUUGUUUUCAGAUGAGACAGCGGGAAAGAAGGAAAUUCUUUUUUUUUCUUUUUUCCCCUUUUGGUUGUUGUACUUUUUACUACAGGGCUGUAAACGGGUUUCAGGAGACCCCCAGCUAAAUAGGAUCUUGCCAGCUUACACCACCUGUGGAGAACUGGGUGGCUCUGUUAGAACAAGAGUCAAUGGGAAUAGAUGGCAAAACCCAACUUGGUGUGAGUGGAAUGGGGCAGACAAA